ACACGUUACCAUGAACACCAAGGUCCUCCUCCUCCUCGGUUUGGCAGCCUUUGCCGCCGCAGACAGCUUUGAAUCCUACGAGUACAGGCCACCACAUAGGUCUUCUGAGGAAUCUUACGAGUCAGGUGAGGCCAAGUACGACUUCAACUGGGCCGUCAGCCACGAUCCCUCAAGCAACGAGUUCGGACACCAGGAGGCCCGAGACGGCGACCACACUCAGGGAUCCUACUACGUGCAGCUUCCCGACGGGCGCCUGCAAACUGUCAAGUACUUCGUGGACGGCGACUCCGGCUACGUUGCUGAGGUCAACUACGAGGGCGAGGCUUCCUUCGAGUCUGGUUCAGCCGAAUCUCGAGAAUACAGAUACGUGUACGACUCCAACGAGUCCAAGUAAACCACUAAUCAUGCUCGACAAUUUCAAUGCGCUAAUGACCACCAUAGUGUAUAAUAUUUUUUUUGUACAAAUAUUUAUGUAUUCAUAUGUAUAAAUUGUUGAAAUCA